AUCAUUACCCUUCCUCCUCCUUCCACCUCUUCGACCCCGAUCUCAACCGCUGGCUCCGCUUCCCCCUCACCUUCCUCCCCUUCCGAAACCCCAACCCUGUCGCCUCCUCCCACGGCCUCCUCUACCUCUGGGCUCUUUCCCCCUCCGACAACACCAAAUCCCUAAUCGCCUGCAAUCCACUCACGCGCCACUUCCGCCUCCUCCCUCACCUCGGCUCCGCUUGGUCGCGCCAUGGCUCCGUCCUCGUUGACUCCUCUAACCGCGUUAUGGUCCUCACCGAACUCGCCGCCCUCUAUUUCUCCGGCGACAGCAACCACCAGUGGAUGAAAUUCUCUUCCAAUCUUCCCGCGAAGCCACGGAGUCCGGUCCUCGUCGGAGACCGCGUCCUUGCGCUCUGCGACGUCGGCUCGCCGUGGCGGAGCCAGUGGAAGCUCUUUGCGGCGGCUGGUGUUUGAUAUAUUGAAGAGGCCGAGACUGGUUCGAGACAACGGCGGCGAUGGAGGUCGCGCGACAGUGCUGAUGGUUGGGGGAUUGAAGUCGUCGUUCUCGCUGAACGCGCCGUGCUCGACGAUCUUGAUUCUGCGGCUUGAUUUGACGACGAUGGACUGGGAGGAGGCAGGGAGGAUGCCGCCUGAGAUGUUCCGGUGCUUCAGGGAGUCCAGCAAGUUCAAGGUUUUUGGAGGCGGAGACAGGGUUUGCUUCUCGGCGAAGCGGAUCGGGAAGAAAUUGGCGCUUUGGGACCGGUCCGGGAGCAGCAGAAAGGUAGGAGGAGAGUGGCGGUGGAUCGAUCACUUGCCGGGAAACGGCGAAGGGCUGUACCGAGGUUUCGUGUUUGAAGGGAGGCUCAAUGCUGUGCCUUGAUCAUUCUCUGUGCUUCAAGGGUAUGUAUGUUGAUGAUGAUGAUGAGCUUUUAUUAUUGUUUUUGUUAAUUGUGAACUCUUUGCUGUGUUGUAAACUUGAAAAUUGUAUCAUUAUAUGUUAUUACUUUUUCUCUUUGCAA